CAGACUAACUUAGAUCUUGCAAAUGUUAAUACUGUCCAAUUACAUCUUUAUCCUUUCCCUACCGUUUGAAGAUUCUUUGUAAAUCCGUUACACAACGAUUCCCGCUUACCAUCACUUUGAAAUUUCGAAGCAUUCACAGAGUAAAAAACAAUCGAUGUAAAUUCAAAUCCACUUCACACUCUCAGCAACAACUUCAAAUCGAAGAAGAAAACUACAAUGAAAUCCAUCGUCGAUUCAAUCUCCGAUCUCUCUCUCUUAGAAAUCUCCGGCGAAGACGAUUCUCUUCUCUCCGACAGCACUCCCACUGUCACCGCCGCCAAUGUUUUCUCUUGCUCUCCUCUCGUUUCCGCCAGAUCUCGUCCUCGUCAAAUCAAGGGAAGUGAAAUUGAUAAUGUUGAUUCUGAAGAUUUGGAUUCGUUGAGGAAUGAUAGUGCCAAUAAAGAAAACGCAAAAUGGAGUAAACCUGAAGGAUUGGAUUCUUCUCAAAAGAAGAAAAGGAAGAAGAAAUUAGGUGGUUUUAAUUUGCGUAAAAGCUUGGCAUGGGAUCGAGCUUUUUUCACCGAACAAGGUGUUUUGAAUCCCUUGGAGCUUUCUAUGAUAAGUGGUACCGUCACUCCUAAUUCAAAGUCGAAUUUGAAUUUGGAAGCUAUCGAGGAAGAAGAACCAGCUACAACUUCGUUAGCAUUGCAGGAAAUUGAAGAAAAUCUGUUUAAGCAUUCAUCUGGAGGUGCUUCAAUUAGAAAUAGAAAGAUUAGUGCUGUUUCGGCUUUAUCUCCAAAGCCAGUUUCAUCCAUCAAAAAAACAAUACCAGUUGCUUCCUUGGCAAAGCGGAAGAUUCUUGCAGUCAAUGAUGUUGGAAAUAAGUAUAAGCGCAGUGCUUGUCCAAGGCCGGUCAUAACUUCAUCAUCACUGAAAAGAACUGUCACUGUGAAAACUCCGAGUAAAGAGUCUAAAAUCACUAGGAUACCAGUACCAAAAUCCAGUGCAACUGCAACAACCACUAGGAGUGGAAUGUUGAGCUCAGGUUCCUCAAAGAGAAAUCAAAUUGCAAAUCCUGUCACUAAUGUUCCGAAGUAUGCUGGAGUAAAGGGCCCGUCAAAAAAUCCUAGAACUGUGGCAAGCAUCCCAAAAGUUGAUCUGGCUGAUAAAUGUUCUGUUAGUAGAACUCUUACCAAGCCGGCUGGAAAACAUUUGGAUAACUCGGUUUCUGCGAUACGUCCACCAUCCAGAAUGAAUCAAACAGGAAAUGGAGCAAAUAAGGUGUCUGAAGCUGGUUUUCCUCCAUCCAAAAUGCAUCAAACAGGAAGUGGAGCAAAUAAAGCUUCUGAAGCUUGUCUCCCACACGGAAUUUCUGACACUGAUAAGAAAAAGCAACAGACUCUUUUUCAAACAUCAAAGUCGUCAGGCCUAAGGAUGCCAUCUCCCUCAAUUGGAUUCUUUUCUCAGGCUAAAGCUUCCAGUUCAAACGGCCAAUUGCAGAAAAGCUCUAUACCUUGCAAACCUUCUGAGAGUAACAUUCCUAAACUAAGGAAGUUGGGAACAAGUUCUGUUAAUGAUGCAAGGUCAAAAACUGUCCAAGGGGCAGCCAAGAUUCGUACUAAGGAAUUAAGCCUUUCAGAUGUCAAGUCAGAAAUAGUCGUGCAAAUAGACAAUAAGAAGAUGGCUGAAGUGGAAUGUGACUCUUCAAGUUUUGAAAAAAUAAGUAAGCAACCAGAGGUUAAAAAUAUUCUUGAGGAUGUCAUGUUAAAAUCUCAGGAGCAACGAGAACUACAUGAAAAUGACCACGAUUCUGGCAUUGAGAACAUGGUAUUAUUCCCUACAGAUGAAAAGGAACUUCUUACAAAGAGUCACACACAUGAGCAGUUAGAGAAAGAGACUGACCGUGCUAUGGAUGAAAAGUUAUAUGAUGUUUCAUCAAAUGGGGAUCAGUCUUUAUAUGUGGAGCCACAGUCUACAAACUGUCCUAUCAUGCAAGAAACUUCAAAUAAUGUUUCAAAUACUGUGCAUAAUGCUAUAGCACAAGAUGAAAAUGACCAAAUCAAAGGGCCCACCUAUGACAUUCCGGCUUUCAAGGAAAUUUUGGUACUACAGGCAGAUCAUGAAACUUCUAUUAAGGAUGGAAAACAUUCUGGGGAGUUUAAGGAAUGCAAUAGUGUCAAGACUGCCCUUUUAAAUUGCAGCCUUGAUGAUUUUUGGAAAACUGUUCCCGAAGGAUCUGAACAAGGAACCCCGUGUAAGAAUACUGAAGAGGUAAAUUGUGGUGCUGGUGAAUUUGGUAGAUAUGGAGAUGUACAAUUGCAUUUAUUGAAUGAGAAUCUCUCAAUCAAUUGCAAUGAGACCACCCAAAGUAAUUUAGAGGCAGUUAGUCAGCAGUUUCUGGGGGAACAACUCAAGACUCCAUUUCUUAGUAGUGUAGGAGAAAUUGGAUCAGAAAAAGAAAAUAUACCGGAUAUGAAUAGUUCUCAGCCAGCUCAGGUGACAACCUUAUUUUCUAAAGGUUCUCCUGAGAAGUCUAUACUAGAAAUCAAUGGUGCUUCUAAGAAUGAAUCAAAAAUAGCUGAAAUCAAAGACUGUCAGCUUCCAGUAGAUGGUCAAUCAGGUUUCUCCCCAAGAAUCCCAAUGGAUGGGCAAUACGACCAGGUUAUUGACUCGAAAGCAAUUCAUGAUGGAACCCGGGAGUUUGAAUUGGAUAAGUUGAGUGAAGGUUGUAUGACUGUUUCAGCAACUGCUUGCUGCACUAUUGUAACUAAUGUUUCUCCGGAACGAAGACCUUUUCCUGAGAAUAAUGUAAUAAACCUCCGCUUAACACCUCAACUAUGUCCAACGGUAAAAACUGGUUGUGAUUCCGGGGGAAAUAAUAUGCCAAUUACCAACAGCAGCAGCAUUUCUGAAUUGCAGAUUAAAGAUGGCAAUUUUUCUACAGAUACUUCAAUAAACUGUGAGGUUCAGUGUGAUGUCCCUGGAAACAUUGAGCAGCAAGCUGGUAGUGUGUUUAUAUAUCCUGAAAUUAAUAAAAUAUCUUGUGAAGAUGAGAGUCUAGUGCCAAAUCAUGGGCACUUGUUUCAUCAGAGUGAGUUUUCUGAAGUUUCUCCAGAUGUAAUUUCAAACAUCGAGGAUCCUAUUGGCACUGGAGCUGAAAAUUCCUCUGGCCUUUUACAGCAUACUCAGCUUUCAUUGGCAGAUAAUAAUAUAAAUGCAUGCUCUCAUCUUCCUGAGUUUCAAAAGCCUAGCGCUGCGGCUACUGUAGAUACCCAGGUUGUUAAUAACAGACUGCACUUGGAUAGUGACUUUCUGCCAACAAUUAUCGUUUCAUCUGCAGAAAUCAAGGAACAAACUUUAGUUGACGGUGCAUUUGAAGGAUGCAGGUUCGAUACAAAUGAGUGUGGUACUUCUAAUCAUCACAAUUACCGAGAUAUUGAGGAAUCACACAUGGAAGAGGCACAAGCGCAAUCCUUUGAUGAAAUUCCUGUGGCAUAUGACUGCAGCAGCAAACACUGUCCUGCGCUUAUUAAUGAUCAGUUCUCAUUGGCAGAUGAUAAUAAUAGAAAUGAGGAUUCCCAUCUUCCUCGGUUGCAAAAACCUAGUGAUGUUGUUGCUCUUGAUUCCCAGCGUGUUAAUAACAUAUUGCACUUGGAUAUUGAAUGUGUACCAACAAAUAUUGCUUCAUCUGCAGAAAUCAAUGAACAAAAUUUAGUUGAGGGUGCAUUUGAAGGGAGUAAUGAGCACAAUCCUUCCAAUCAUCAUAUUCAAGAUAUGCCUGAAAACAAAGAUGCAAAUCAUGAUGGGGAUGAAAAGGUGGAGCUUUUGCAAAUCGAUGGUGCUGAAGAAGGUUCUUCGGACAUAUCGUCGGUAGUUGAAGUUCAACACAAUGAGAUUGCUAUUUCUGCUUAUCUUGAUUCUUCUACUACUGAAGUGAGUGAAGGUCCCUUUGCAAGUGUAGCUGCUUGGAAGUCUGAGGAGCAAUGUUUUUUAAGUGAAAAUUCGAAGUUACUAGCUUCAGAUAAUCCAACUUUCAAUGCAACAAUCCCAGAAGGCAGCGAAGUAAAUCCGGUGAAACUCAAUGAGAUUAUUUCUACUGAGUUUGAUUCUUCUACUCAAGUGAGUGAAGAUCCCUUUACAAGUGUAGUUGCUUUGAAAUCUGAGGAGCAAUGUCUUUUAAGUGAAGAAUCAAAGUUACUAGCUUCAGAUAAUCCAACCUUCAAUGAAACAAUCCCACAGGACAGCGAAGUUAGCUCAUUGAAACUCAUUGAGGAUGUUGUUUCUGCUGAAUUUGAUUUUUCUAUUGAAGUUAGUGAAGAUCCCUUUACCAGUUCAGUUGCUUUGAAAUCGGAGGAGCAAUGCCUUUUCAGUGAAGAAUCAAAGUUGCUAGCUACAGAGAAUCCAACCUUCGAUGCAACAAUCCCACAAGGCAGCGAUGUUAGUUCAGUAAACAGUGAAAGUUUAUCAGAUGUAGGUGAAACUAAUAUCUGCAGGAAUGAUAAGUUGCCUAAAACUGACAUGCUAUGUCAGACAAAAUGCAACAUCAACUUUCCAGAAGACAACAGCAAAAUGAUUCAUCUUGAGAAGGUUGCAACUAAAAGCAAGCAGGAAGUUCCUAUCUUGAAGCCUCCACCAAAUGUUGCUCCAUUUACUGAGGAAUGGUUAGCUGCAAUAGAAGCCGCAGGAGAGGAGAUUUUAACGAUGAAAGGCGGCGCUGUACAAAAUUCCCCCCCUGAGAAGGCGCAGCAUGAACCAAGUCCUUGGUCACCGGUGAAGAAAAAUCAAGCGAUUGGACCAUUUGAUUGUACCAAAGUAACCAAGCAUAACAUCCAGAAUUCUGAUCCAUCAUGACAAGUCUUGGAUUUGAUCAGAUACAACCUCAUUAAUCACUAACAUUUUUUUUGCAUGAAUCAAUUCUUUGACAGCUUUUUAGAAGUUAUAACAAGUUCUGCGGCGCAAAGUGCCACGUGGAUAGAUUUAACCAGUUGCCACAAUUACGCCUUACUCUUUUUUUGGAGAUGCGUAUAAAUAAGUAUUAAACUGAUUGUUCUCAAAUUGUAAAUGAUAUUGGUGUCCUAGUUUUUUUUCCUCUUCAAUAUGAACUUUUUUCCAAGUUCUCCACGGGGUAUAAGAUGCUGAGACUAAUCUACAUGGUGUCCUGUUUAGCUCGAUGCAGCUCUUUCAUCACAGUUUAAAAGAGAUAAAAUCGAAUGCAAUUUACUUUCAA